AUGUCUCUAAAUUACAUCAAGAACUUCUAUGAAGGGAUCUCAGAACCUCCUACAGUGAUCGGUCAGUUCCACACCCUUUUCUUUGGCUCAGUUCGCAUGUUCUUCCUUGGAGUAUUGGGCUUUGCAGUGUAUGGAAUAAGCCUUGCAUUUAGCUGUGAUCCAGACAAGAGGGAAAUAAAUCUCUUCUGUUACAACCAGUUCAGGCCAAUAACUCCCCAGUUUCUAUCAUCCAUUAGGGUAUUCUGGGCACUACAGCUAGUGACUGUUCUGGUUCCUGGAGCUGUUUUCCAUCUUUAUGGCUGCAUGUAAAAGCAUUGAUCAAGAAGCAUACUUCAGAGGCCCAUCUACACUGUCUUUUAUAUCCUCAGCGCCUUACUGAGAAUUAAUCCUGAGGUGACAGUCCUUUGGCUUCCAAAGUCAUCUUUUGGUUUCCAAGUAAAAUCUCUUUAUCAUUGUGAUGCCAGUUCACUUGAAAAAAGAUUUGGUAUUAUAAGAUGCCUUGUCCCAGAACAUUUCGAGAAGACAAUAUUCCUCAUUGCUAUGUAUACAUUUACAGCAGUCAACCGUGGCAUUGGGACUGCUGAAGUUUUUGAGAUCUUAUGUAGAAGGUUAAGCUUUUUAAGUGAUAGGUUGCUUUAG